CUAUACAUCUUGGUAUUACUUUGCACGAAUAGGAAAAACUUAGAUCUGAUUAUGAAUUUGUCGACAUUGUGAAGUAUAGAGUACUGGUCUCCUGGAGAGAAAAGUAUUCAGGAAGAUUCAGUAACAUAGCAAAAGCUUUACAAGAUAUGGAUUUGACUACCCAUACACUGUGUCAGGUUAAAAGAAUCAGAAAAGGUCAUUGUGUUAUCAAUGACGAAUACAUGGAUUUAAUACCAACAGAUGAAAUACUGGAUAAACUGGCACAUGUAGUAGGUACAGUAUCCUUCCAACUGGGUAUAGAAUUAGGAUUACCUAUAACAUCAAUAGAUAUAAUACAGUACAACAAUGGACGAGAUUUAGUAGCACAAUGUAAAGAUAUAUUAUUCCAAUGGAGAGAAGACCAGAGAGUCCGGCCAACUAUACGUGUUCUGGUCCAAGCUCUGGUAAAUGUUGAUAGAGGUGCUAAAUGUUUGGAGGAAAUCAUUAAAACAGUUGGUGUGAAGAAAUACACCAAACACGAGGAAGUUGAGGAGGAAAAGGAAGGAAAAGUUAAAACUCUAAUGAAAAAAAUGAAUCCUUUUCAGAAGAAGAAAUAGGAAAGAUAUUUCAGUUAGUCUUUGUUUUUACUGUAACCAUGUUUUCAAAUCAUGUUUGUUAAUUUUGGGGAACAGUAAUGAGUAU